AUGAAGCCUCCAGCAGUCCCCACAUCUCUCUCCCGCGCCGCACGAAAGAUCUCUGUCAAGGACGGACCCAACCUCGAAUAUAUCCAGAGGUCACUCAAGGGGAUCAAAGACCCUCGGGACCGUCAAGAGCUCCAGCAUUGGGCUCGAUCAGACUUUGAGCAAUUCCGCCAUGAAACCAACCCGGACAAGAUCAAGUCGCUGAUCUCGCAAGGAAAGCACCAGUUCCACGUCCUCCAGACCAACCUCACCCUCUCGUCCACCAUUGCGCCACCAAAAAACAGCAAAAAGUGA